AUGAAUGAAUUUAAUUAAUUGGUUAAAAGUGUUGUUUGUUUUUUAGAUAUUAUUGAAAUUUGUAAAUUUAUUAAUUUAUUCAACCUAUUUUUUAUAUUUACAAUGAGCAAUUUAAUAAAGAGUUAACUAGUAAACAACAAUGAAAGUGAACAUAUUUAGGAUUUGUAGCUAAACUUCAAUUCAAAAAAUUAAGAUCCUGUGUAGAAGACAACUGAAUAUGCAUCAUAUGAUUAUGAAAAAGAAGAAUAAUAAUAGGAAUUAUCUGUUGAAUAUGUAUAAAAACAGAUAAUUUAGUAGCUAUUAAUGAAAAGCAAAUAAAGUUUGUCUAAAAAAAAUAUAGAACAAAUUUAAAGAGUAAAAAAAGAAAGAGAGGAUAGAGCUUAUUGGGCAUAUAUCUGCAACGAUCAGUAAUAUUUGACAAACCUUUAUAAUUAGUUUAUAGCAUCACAAAAUAUAAAAGAAGAAGUUACUGAUUAUGUUUGCGAAAGGGAAGAUAGAAUAUUAUCAGAAUUAAUGAAUGGAUUUCUCAAAUGUGAAAAGAAACUAGCUAUCAAUAAGAAAGAUAUGUUCGGAGACUAAUAUAUUUAAGAUAAAAGCCCAGAAAAGUCAAUUGAAAAACACAAAAUAAGUCAUUCUAUUUUCUAAACUUAAAUUGAUAUCUAAUGCUUAAAUGGAAAAUCUGAAAAAAGAAUUACGUUAGAAUCAAGUUAAGUAUUAAAUGAUAAUGUUUCACACAGUCAACAGUCUAAACAAGAGCAUAGAAAUCAACAAAGUAGAAAGAUAUAUGUAGAAAAUAGCCCAUAGAAACAAAAUGAAGUUUUCAAAUUUAUAAAUAAACUUCAUGAAGAAAAGCAGCAGAGACUUGAGAGAAUAAAUAAAAGAAAGUAAAAGUAGGAAUUAAUUUAAAAGCAAACUGAAUUCGAAGAACUUGAAAAACUAUAAAAAAUAAGAGAGGAAAAAAGGGAAGAGUUUAAAAAGAAAUUAGAAAAACAUAACAUAUAAUUGAAAGAAAGACAAGCAAAAAGAAGAGAAAGUGAUAGAUAAUUUAAAGAAUUUUAUAAAGAAUAUUAGCAACAAAAACCUCUUUAUACACAAAUGGAAGAAGAAUUUGAAGAAAGAGAAAAAUUGUAUCAUAAAGUUUAAGAAGUAGUAAUACUUUAACAAAUAAAAGAACAAAGAAAACCUAUCGAAAGAUAAAAUCUACUUUUAAAUCAAAGUAAUCAUUAAUAAAGCCAAAAUUCUUACUAAAAAGCUAAAUCAUCAAAAUAUAUUUCACACUCUGUCAAUAAAAGCUAGCAUAUUUCCAUUAAAAAUUAAGACAGUAAAAAUAGUAAUGAUGAUGAUAGGAGUUACAAUAUUGAAAGUAACUCUUCAAAUGUGACUCCAAAACGAAAUGUACAAAAAGAGAAAAUAUAUUCAAAUAUGGUUAGAGAAAUGUAUGCUCCAAAGAUAAACUACUAAAAGUAAAUAGAAUUGAAUUAAUAGAGGGAAUAAAUCAAUAAGUUUCAGAAUGAAAAGAAAUUUAGAUAGUGGAAGGUGAUAAAGUAAAAUUAAAAUAUUGAUCAAACUGCUUUAGAAAGUAAUUUAAAUUCUUCAUAUGAAACUCACACCAAUCAAAAUUCAGUAUAAUUCAAUAAAUCUGUUGAUUUUAUUGAAAGUAAAGAAUCUUACAUGUUUGAUAAAAAUAACUAAUAAAACAAUAAGCCAAAUUAGAAAGAUAAAAUUAGAAGUGCUUCUACAAAUACUUAUAAUAAAAGAUAUAAUAUUCAAAACACUUAAACGAAUAAAUAACUCUCAUCUAAUUAAAUGAAUAACAACUAACCCAAUAUUAUUGUAAAUAAUAACCAAAUUUUGAAUCCAAGGUCAAUUAAACAAUCCUCUCGAGAUGAUAUUGCAAACAUGUAGAUUUUAAAAAGAUAAAAUAAUUUAGCUCCUAUAGACUUAAAGUAAAGCCACAGAUAAAUUCAAUCAUAAAAUUCUAUUGAAACAAUCAGAACUAGCAAGAAACAGUCUGUAAGAAAUUAACAAUAUUCAGUUGAUUUAAGUCAUAAAUAGAAUAUUUAGAAUAAACAAGAUUAAAUCAAUAGAAAUGAAUUAAGUUAAAACUAAAAAAAUGAUUUUUUAAAAGUAAGCAAUGAAAAGUUAAAAAAGUAGUAAAACACAAACAAAUCUAAUUAAAAUAUAAAAUAAUACUAUGUAGAUAAUCAUUCAAAAAAUAAAUAAAACUAAUCUGUUGACUCUCUUGUUAAUAUUUAAACAGAUUCUUAAUUAUUCUAAAAAGAAUUUCACAAUUCAAAAUUGUUUGAUAAUAAAAACAUUUCAAAAAAGUAGCAAACUCCUUUAAAGUAAAUUUCAAGCAAAUAAAAUUAAUUUAAUUAUGACUAAAAAGGUGAACAUUUUUUAAUUCAUAUUAUGAAUAAUAACUAAAAUCUUACUCCUGAAAAAAUGAAUUCAACCAAAUAAAAAGAAUAAUAUCUAGCCUAUAAUAAAAUUGAUAAUUAAAAAUCAACAAAAUUAAAUAUAAACAAUUCAAACGAAAAAAGCUCAUUUGAGAAUUUUAAUAUUUAUGGUGAAGAUGACUAAAAAGUAAUUGAUUAUCUUCAAGAAUUAGAGAUGAGGAAGUUAGGAAAUAGUUAUUUGCAGUAUUCACGAAAGUAAAUAAAUAAGAAAAAGAUAAUUACUCCACUUGAGACUGCUUAAGAAACUCCUUAAAAACACUCUAAAAAUUUAAUUGCUUAAAGUAAUCCAGUGAGUCCUAUCAUUCAAGAAAAAAUAAAAUAUGCAAACUAUUUAGUUCAUUCUAACAAUAACAAUAAAAUCAAUGAUUGGUAAAAAGACAUCAACAACUAAAAACUGAGCAAAGAAGAACAACUAAACAAAGUAAUUAUAAAAACAAAAAACAUAGAUAAAAAAGCAUCACAAAUAGAAAGUAUUUUAAGAAACAACAAAAACCAAUUCAACAAUGACGAAUAUUUAGAACAAAAAUAACAACUUGAUCAACAUUAUAUCCAAUCUAUUUAAGCUAAACUUGCACUUUUAAAUAAAUUUUCCAAUGUAAACUGA